AUGGAACAAGGAACAACAUCUAAAGUAAAUGAACUUUUAAAAAAUGGCACGUUAGGAAAUCUUACAGAAGACUUAGAAGAUAAUCUUUCAACAGAGAGUAUAAUCAAUAAAUAUAAUGAAAUAUCGAAACAUGAACCUGAAGAUUAUGAAUCUUCAAGCGAAGAAAAUACUGAAAUUUAUAUUAAAGGUAUGAAUAAAGAAAAUGAAUGCAAAGUAGAGCAACAAAUUGAGGAGCCAUUCAGUAGCGCGUUGGAGAUAGAAAUGUGUGAUGUCGACGAACAAGGGAAUGUACUGAAUACAGAAUUUAUACAGUCUGAAAUUAUUUAUUCAUAUUUAAAAUAA